GUUUGAUUGUUUGACUCUCAAUUUACUCGGUUUACAAAUUUUUCUCCAACAAUCAAUACAACCAAUUUAAAGUUCAUAUUGAUUCUUUAAUUGUAAUUUCCAAAUAGUGAUUUAUAAUUUUUAGAUUCUUUUUUUUUCUUCAAAUUUUCUUGUUUAAUUAUUGUUUUUUUUUGUUUGUCGUUCUAUCCAAUCAUCAAUCUUUAAUCAUCUUCGAAACAAAAAUGCUGGAUAAUAAUAACAUCGUAAUCUCUGGAAUAGCUGGACGAUUCCCGAAUGCUGAUGAUGUCGAUCAACUUUGGGACAAAUUGUUACAAGGGAAAAUCUUGUACAAUCAAGAGCGAGAUCGACAUCCAACAAAGUUAAGGCAUCGACCAAGUGCUCUUGGACAAAUUCGUGAUUUAUCCCGUUUCGAUUCAGAAUUUUUCGGAAUCAGUUCAAAAGACGCUGAACUUUUGGGAACACAAACUCGAGUUCUUUACGAGGUUGUCUAUGAGUCUCUAUGGGAUGCAGGACUUUUGGCUGAUUCACUUCGAGGUUCACGAACCGGCUUUUUCCUUGGAAUCUCAGCCGGCGAUGGGCCAGAUCUUUAUAAAUUGGAUGAAACCGCUGAUCCUGUUUUCAUUUUCAGUCGAAUGGCUCAUUACUUUGACUGGCGAGGUCCAUGUGUGACCAUUGACACAGCCUGUGCGUCAACACUUGAUGCAAUCAUUCAAGCCCACUGGCACAUACGGAAAGGUUUAUGUGACAUCGCUGUUGUCGCCGGUGUGAACACGGUUGUCGAUCCUUUUGUCAACGUAACUGCAGCUGAUAUUAAAAUGCUUUCACAAUCAGGGUUUGAACGGUGUCUCGAUGAGAACGCUGAUGGUUUCAUCCGUUCAGAGACAGUUGCCGCUCUAGUGCUUCAGCGUAAAUCCUCAGCUAAACGGAUUUACGGUGAAAUCCUUGGUGCAUCCGUUAAUAAUGACGGCUACACGGAGGAAGGAAUAACCUUUCCAAAUCGAUAUGCUCAAGCAAACGCCAUGAGGUCAGCUCUUAAAGUGUCCGGAGUAUCACCAUCACAAAUCGAUUACAUUGAAGCUCAUAUAACAGGUACACAGGCUGGAGACGCUGUUGAGACUUCGGCUAUUCUUGAUGCGUAUCGGGAAAACAGCGAUCAACCAAUUCGCCUGGGCUGUAUUAAAUCAAAUAUCGGUCACGCUGAAGCCUCGGCUGGUAUAAAUGCCGUCAUUCGAGCUUGUAAAAUCUUGCAAACGGGCUACUUAUCACCGAAUGCCGCUUAUUCAACACCCAAUUCCCGAAUCUCUGGUCUUCUUGAGGGUAAAAUUAUUCCCGUUCUUGAGAAACAACCUUUUACCUCUAAUUAUCUUGGCGUUAAUACUUUUGGUUUCGGUGGAUCAAAUGGCCACAUCAUUUUAAAAGGAAAUACGAUCGAUAAUCAGCCGAUUAAUCCUACAACAUUUCCUCGAUUAGUAAUCUACUGUAAUCGAACCCGUCAAGGUGUUGAAAAUUUGUCUCAAUUAUUAAAAAGUGGAAACAAUUUAAGUGAAGAUUUGAUUCACAUGUUAAGUGAUUUGUCUGCGCUCAAACCUGAAGCUGGUUUAGUUUGGCGAGGUUACUCAAUAUUGGAUGAAAAUGGUUCGAUUUGUACCAAGAAGACCAGCCCAAUUAACAAAUCGGGAAGAAAAAUUUGUCUCAUUUUCGGUGAUUCCAUUUCGUCAAUUUCCUUUGGUCUAAGUCGAUUUAGCGUCUUCCGUGAUUCACUUGCAUCAAGUUUGACCUUUUUAAAGACCAAAGGUAUCGACCUUACAAUCAAAUCAAAUUCAACGACCAAAGUCAAAGAUGAAUCAAAAUUACCAAUAAUUACACGAAAAGUGAUCUUUCAAUUAGCAGUUAUCGAUUUACUCGUUUCUCUUGGAAUUGAACCAGAUUUAGUGAUCGGCUUUUCAUCUGGUAGCAUAUCAUCUCGUUAUGCUGCUAAUCAACUUAAUCGUGAUUCAGCCUUGACCCAAGCAUUGAAAUACAAAAAAUCGUCUCCGUCGAAGAUCACAACAACCAGAUCAAUUUUAGAAAAAUGCUCUAAAUUGUUACAAAAUGGCCUGAAAAACUCAGUAACCGACGAGACUCACAUUCAUCAGAUGAGUGAAUACGAUUUGAUUGAUGGCAAACUGUCAAUGGAUGAUUGGCAGAUAAUCAAUAUUGAUGGAAAAAUCCGUUUGUUGGAAAAUGAAAUUUUAUCAACAACAGUUACUAAGGUUAACCAAAAUGGUCCCGAACAUAAUGGUACAACUUUAACAAGCAAAGAUUCAGUCGUCGAUGUCACUCAAUUCCUUAACGUUCUAGGUCACCUUUACCUCUCUGGACAUAAUAUCAAUAUUUCUACUCUUUAUCCACCGAUUAAAUAUCCGGUUGGUCGGCAAACUCCUUCAUUAUCUCCGUACUUGACCUGGGAUCACUCAGAUCAAUUCUCCGUUUGUAACUGUCUUGAAUUUUACGAUAAUAUGACCAAUCUUUGUUAUACCGUUGACCUAACUGACCCUGAAUACGAAGAAGUCGCUCAUCACGUUUACGAUGAUCGAACCUUAAUGCCCGCCGUUGGUUAUAUUUAUCUCCUUUGGAAAGCAAUGGUUUUCAAUCAACACGGAGAUUCGGUCAAUUUUAGAGAUUAUGGUUUUCGAGUUUGGGAUGUUCGGAUUCUCCGAGCGACAAUUAUUAAAGAUUCAGCGACAUUCAAAGUUUUCUACAAUCCGGUAACCCAUCGGUUCAAUGUGACCUUUCGAGAUCACGUUUGUGUCUCUGGAUUUGGUGAAUUGUUAGAAAAAGAGACAACAAUUGACUUUGAAAAUUACAUGAAUGUCGACACAAACCCGGAAGCACUGGAGAUGACGGGAGAUCGUUUCUAUUUGGGAUUGAAAAUUCAAGGAUUCCAAUAUGGAUCAAAGAUGAAAAAUAUCAUCUCAAUAACUUCUGACCACACUUAUGGACGGAUUAAAUACUCAGGUGGGUGGAUUGGAUUAGCUGAUGCUUUCGUUCAACUUGGUGGACUUACAACGGCCAAGCGAACACCUCGAGUACCAGUUGGAUUUCAAGAGUUCAUCUAUGAUCCUGAAUCAUUUAGCGAAGCACUUGAAAUGGUUCCAGUGAUUGAUGAAAAAAAGGAUAACGAAGAUUCAACCGAACUGGAAGUUUAUCUCUCCGAUGAGAUCGGCACCAUUUCCACUUAUGGUGUUUUCUUGAAAGGCCUACAAUUUACCGGAUCUCCACUAAAACCCGAACAAUCUGACAUUCGUUAUGCUCGACAAGUUUUCAAAGGUUAUAACUGUUCAAAUAUAAAUUUAACUCGAAUCAGUGAAUCUCAGUUGAUUAACUAUUUCAUUGCCUGUGAUCAACUAUUAACUAGCCCAUCGAAAAAGUUAAUCAACCUCAAAGAUGAAUGGAUUAGUUAUAUGAAAAGUGAAUCUCGUACCAAAAUUUUUUCAACAUUAUUAAAAUCGAAGCAAGAAGAUUGGUCCAAUUACGAACUGAAAACAAAACUCAUCGAGGAUUCGAGUUUCUUAUUGAAAGAUUAUCACUUUGAUUGUGUUUACAAUCAACUUUUUACCUUUUCAAUUAGUGUCUUUGAAAGUGAAUUGUGCAAGAAAAUGGUUAACGCAUUUGUGAUCGGACUAAAUUGUGAUUCAACGAGUGAAACAAUUGAGAAUCAAUUAUCGGCGUUUGCAGUUCGAUGUGAAUUUUCACCAAAAAAACCAAAUGAUUUAUUGGUUUACAAUGAUUCGAGUUUAAGUUUAUGUCAAAGUGCUUCUGAUUCUAUCAAUAAUAGUUUCGAUACGGCGUUAACAGUUAUCGAACCAGGAAAUUUUGUUCUCAUUAAUUAUCGUGAAAAAGUUUUACCCUUUGAAACUAAAUUGGCUGAAAUGUUAAACAUUCAAUUGGAAAAUAUCAACCGAACAAAUCUAAUUAGUAAAAAAAUGGAAUCAUUUGAUUUCUUGCAAAUCUCGACAUGUCGACAUGCCGAAACUGGUCUAGUGUCAGUUUUGUACAAAAAGCGACCUCGUUUAUUUUCAACACCACCAAGAGUGAUACGAGUCUUAAGCUCAACCUACGAAUGGGUUGACGAUGUACAAGAAGCACUUGAUAACAAGGAAGUUGAUCGUCUCUGGUUAAUUGCUAAUGAUUCUAAUCGUAAUGGUAUAAUUGGUUUGGUCAAAUGUUUACGAUUCGAGCCUUUUGGUGAUAAAAUUCGUUACAUCUUUUGGCCUGGACAAGAAAUUGCCGAUGAUCUUAAUGGUUUAGAGUCAAUUCUAAUGAAAGACUGUUUUUCCAAUAUAAACAAAGAUGGAGUUUGGGGAAUCUAUCAUUUAGAUGAGAUUUCAAUUGAUGAAGGAAUUACAACUCAAUCAACUAAUUGUUACGUUGAUGUUGGUAAGAAAGGAGAUCUGACAAGUUUAUCUUGGUUUAAGAGUUUAGAUGAUGAUGGUUCGUUACAAUGUGUCGAAGAGGAAUUCAAUCCAGAUCAAUCAGAAUCACCUGAAUGUUUACACGAAAAUGUGGUGACCCAUUUUGCCGCUCUCAACUUCCGGGACAUUCUUUUGGCUACUGGUCGAUUAUCAGCUGAUGCUUAUCCUCCUAAUGAUAUGGAAACAUUGAUUGGAACUGAAUUCUCUGGUAUAACUGAAUCAAGUGGUAAAAGAGUCAUGGGAAUUUGCCAUGGUAGCGGAAUAGCGACUCAAAUUUUGGGUAAAAACAUUUCCAUUAUGUUUGAUGUUCCCGAUCGAUGGAGUCUCGAUGAAGCUGCGACCGUACCAAAUGUUUACCUUACUGUUUAUUAUGCUCUUUGUGUUCGAGGAGGUUUGAAACCUGGUGAAUCGAUUCUGAUCCAUGCAGGUUCGGGAGGUGUUGGUCAAGCGGCCAUUUCCUUGUGUCUUGCUCGAGGUUGCCAAGUUUUCACCACUGUUAGUACCGAUGAGAAGAGAAACUUUCUCAAAUCGAUGUUUCCACAAUUGGUUGAUUCUUGUUUCGCUGAUUCUCGGUCGAUUCAAUUCGAGGAGCACAUUUUACGCCAAACAAAUGGCCGAGGUGUCGAUUUGGUCCUAAACUCACUUACAGAAGAUAAACUUCAAUCCGGAUUAAGGUGUCUCUCUGAUGGAGGUCGAUUCUUAGAAUUAGGAAAAUACGAUAUUGUUCAAAAUCAUAAUUUCGAUUCAAGUUCGAUGAGGAAUAACUGUAGUUUCCAAGUCAUUUGUCUUUCAUAUGUGAUUACCAAAAUUUGCGAAAACUCUUGGGAAGGUCGACAAUUAGCUGAACAGUUUCAGAAAUUUUUCACCCAGGGAAUUGAAACUGGCGAGAUCAGGCCGAUCGCUUCACAUAUUUUCGGGUCGAAUCAAGUAGAAGAUGCUUUUCGUUUAAUGGCCAAAAGUCGUCACAUGGGAAAGGUUCUCAUUCAAAUUCGAGAUGAAAUAUCGUCACGUCCCCUGGAACCAUUGGAAACUGUUUGUCAAACUCAUUUCUACCCACAUAAAUGUUAUAUUAUUGUCGGAGGUUUAGGCGGAAUGGGCUUAGAAUUAGCCUAUUGGAUGGUGUCCCGAGGUGUACAAAACUUGGUGAUCACAUCACGAUCAGGUUUCAAAUCGGACGAUGACAGGGGAUUCAUUGAAUUCUUACGUUAUUAUGGUCAACGUCGUCGAAACAUAAUUGUCACCAUUAACGAUGCCAUGUCACCAACUAUGGCAUCACAGCUUAUUGAUUCCGCUUCCCGUUUAGGUCCAAUCGGUGGGAUAUUUAAUCUCGCAAUGGUAUUGAAAGAUGGCCUAUUUGAAAAUCAAUCACCUGAAUCAUUUACCAUGGUUUGCAACCCGAAAAUUCAGAUCACAUCAAAUCUUGACAAAAUCUCUAGGCAAUCGUGUCCAUAUCUUGACCAUUUUGUUUGUUUCUCAUCAAUUGCCACCCUUGGUUCAGUGGGUCAGUCUAAUUAUGCUUUUGCCAAUUCAUUUAUGGAAAGGGUUUGUGAUGAACGUCGGGAAAACGGUCUACCAGGUUUAGCGGUCCAAUGGGGGCCAGUUGCCGAUGUUGGUGUUGCCGCUCGACUUGUCAACGAAAAAGAUUUAAUCAUCUUCGGUUUUGCCGCACAAAAUAUUUUCUCAUGUUUCCAUGCCUUAGAUAAAUUCAUGCAACUUCCCCACUCGGUGUGUCAAUCGUGCGUCCUCUCCAGCGGCUCCCAACAAGAAGCUCCUCUGUUUGAAAAUAUCUUCCAACGAAUCGCUCACAUUUUGGGCAUCAAAGAUAUCGACACUCUCGAUCCAAAUACAACUCUCAACGAAUUAGGACUCGAUUCUUUACAAUCAAUCGAAGUGAAAGAAUAUUUCGGUCGACAAUACAAUCUAAAUCUCGACGAGAAACCAUUGGGAAGCUUUAAAAUUGCCGAUAUUCGUGAUAUGUCCAAAAAUUUAAAUACGAAAGACGGAAUGAAAGAGGAAACAUUGGAUUAGAAGAAAAAGAAAAAAAAGUUAUUCUAUUAAUAAAUCAAUUCGAUAACGAACUUAACAAUUAACAGAUUGUUUCGUGUAUUUUUUAAAAUUUUUCACAAUUAAAAGGCUUUUAAAAAGGG